GCCGGAAGUGACGUUUACAGUAAGUGGCAAGCUAGCUUAGCAAAGAAGUCAACCAGAAAUUUGUACUGGAAGAGAUGGAAGUUGUGUACCACAGCCAUCACUGACAGCUGUUUUCCAAUUUAAACAGUACUUGGAAUCAUAAAACCACUGACAUUCCCUUCGUGACACAGGGGUCAAAGUUCAGGCUGAGUCACCAUGGAGUCCAUGCUGAACAAGCUCAAGAGCACUGUCACCAAGGUGACGGCCGACAUGACCAGCGCUGUCAUGGGAAACCCGGUGACGCGUGAAUUUGAAGUGGGCCGCCACAUCGCCAGCGGGGGGCCCGGCAUGUGCUGGAGGAUCUACAACGGAACCAAGAAGUCAACCAAACAGGAGGUGGCUGUGUUUGUGUUUGAUAAGAAGAUGGUGGAUAAGUAUCAGAAGUUUGACAAGGACCAGAUCAUUGAGUCUCUGAAGAGAGGUGUGCAGCAGCUCACCAGACUGCGUCACCCUCGUCUGCUCACUGUCCAGCACCCACUGGAAGAGUCGAGGGACUGCCUGGCGUUCUGUACAGAGCCAGUGUUUGCCAGUCUGUCCAAUGUGCUGGGUCAGUGGGACAACCUGCCCAGCCCCGUGCCCACAGACAUCAAGGACUACAAGCUGUACGACGUGGAGACCAAGUAUGGCCUGUUGCAGAUCUCGGAGGGCUUGUCAUUCCUACACAGCGGGGUGAAGAUGGUCCAUGGGAACCUGUGUCUGGAGAACGUCAUCCUCAACAAGAGCGGAGCCUGGAAGAUCAUGGGCUUUGACUUCAGCAUCUCCUCCACCAACCCCUCCGAUGCAGAGCUCAAGUAUUCCUGUAAGGAGUGGGAGCCCAACCUGCCGCCGCUCUGCCUGCCCAACCCAGAGUAUCUGGCCCCCGAGUACAUCCUGUCAGUGAGCUGCGAUGCCGCCUCAGACAUGUAUUCGCUGGGCGUGGUGAUGCAUGCCGUCUUCAACGAGGGCAAGCCCGUGUUCCAGGUCAACAAGCACGACAUCUUCAAGAGCUUCAGCCGACAGCUGGACCAGCUCAGCAGACUGAGCCCCACCAUGUUGAAUAAGAUUCCUGAGGAGGUGAGGGAGCACGUCAAGAUGCUGCUGAGUGUCACGCCCAACGUCCGGCCUGAUGCUGACCAGAUGACCAAGAUCCCCUUCUUUGAUGACGUUGGGGCGGUGACGCUGGCCUACUUUGACUCCCUCUUCCAGAGGGACAACCUGCAGAAGUCCCAGUUCUACAAAAACCUGCCCAAGGUCUUGCCCAAGCUACCCAAGAGAGUGGUGGUGUAUCGUAUCCUCCCAGCCCUCACCUCAGAGUUUGUGAACCCAGACAUGGUGCCGUUCGUCCUGCCCAAUGUGCUGCUGAUCGCAGAGGAGUGUACCAAGGACGAGUACGUCAGACUCAUCCUGCCGGACCUCACCCCUGUGUUCAAGCAGCAGGAGCCUGUCCAGGCAAGCAAUAUGAUCCUGCUGAUCUUCCUGCAAAAGAUGGACCUGCUGCUGACCAAGACUCCACCAGAGGACAUUAAGAACAGCGUUCUGCCCAUGGUCUACAGAGCCCUGGAGGCCCCCUCCAUCCAGAUACAGGAGCUGUGUUUGAACAUAAUCCCUACCUUUGCCAACCUGAUCGAGUAUCCCUCCAUGAAGAACGCACUCAUCCCCCGCAUCAAGUCUGCCUGUCUACAGACCUCCUCACUUGCAGUGAGGGUGAACUCCCUGGUGUGCCUGGGGAAGAUUCUGGAGUACCUGGACAAAUGGUACGUCAUUGACGAGAUCCUUCCCUUCCUGCAACAGAUCCCCUCCAGAGAACCAGCCGUACUCAUGGGGGUUCUAGGGAUCUACAAGUGUACUUUCUCCCAUAAGAAACUGGGCAUCCCCAAAGAGCACCUAGCUGCCAAGAGUCUGCCUCACCUAGUCUCGCUCAGUAUAGACAACAACCUCAACCUCAACCAGUUUAACUCCUUCAUGGCUGUAAUCAAAGACAUGCUGACUCGUAUGGAGGCAGAACACAAGACCAAACUGGAGCAGCUACACAGCAUGCAGGAACAACAGAGGAGUAUGAAUAUUAAUACCAGUCAGACCAACCAAUCGGAAGAGACGAAGCGCACCCCCAGCCCUGGCAACCAGAUUGAUGAUGUCUUUGGAGGGAGUUCUGGGAGUGCAGGGGUUAAUGGGAAAGUGAACGGAAACUCGGCAUCAGCUCCCCAACGCAACAGAAUGUCUUUGACUCUGGAGGAGAAGCAGCGGUUAGCCAAGGAGCAGGAACAGGCAGCCAAACUAAGAAACCAGCCAGCACUAGCCCCCCAGAGUAUCAAACCAGCUACUCCUUCUACCCAGGCCAAGGACCUGAGCAGCUGCCUGCUGAACAAUAUGACAUCCCUGGGCAGCCUGUCCCUCACCUCUCCCCCCAGACCAGGCCUCAUCCAGGGCAGCACCAUCUCAGCCUACCCCUCCACCACCCCCAUGGGCUCUCUGGUCAGCAACGGCUACAACCCAACCAUGGGCUUCCAGACAGGGGGUCUGGGCAUGCGGCCCCCCGGCCCCGGCCUCUACGGAGGGAUGGCCACCACCACCAGCACCCCUAAUUUUGGUGCCCUGACCCACAACCAAGGGAGUACCAACACCCCUGACAUGUCUGCCUUGGACUCCUUAUUCACUUCCAACAAGCCCAAAGUCAGCCUCAACCAAAUGGCUCCUCCCAAGCCCACCCCUGAGACCACCGCCACCCCCUGGCUUAAUCAGUUUGGUUCAGCCCAGCCCAAUCAGACUGCCCCGAUGCAGGGCGCGCCAUUAGCCAUGGGAGGGUUGACCAGCGGGUUUGGGAUGCAGGCCAACCCUUUCUUCAGCCCGCAGAACUUCUCUCAGCCCACGGCCGCUCCCGGAAUGAACGCGGGUGGUGGGCUCAGGCACAGUUCGUCCGUCAACAACGACCUGAAAGACCUAUUUGGCUGAAAACAACUUUCCCCUCUUUAUUGACGACAGACUGAUGAAAGGGGAGUUGGACUUUUGAACUGCAAACAAGAAGAAUGAAAAAUCCACUUUUUGGACCGACUGUGAAAAUGAUGAUGAAUCUAUUUGUUGCUAUUUGUAUUUUAAUCUUCUGUGGUUUGGGUUGCAGUGUGGUUCUUCUAUGCUCCCAUCGGAUUGAACACUGAAGACUCAGCUUUUCAAUCUGCACGCGGAUUCUAAACCUUCUUGACGAGAGAGAGAGAGAGAGAGAGGGAAAAAGACUCUCACGUUGUGUUCUGCUCUCAGUAAUGUUUGUGGGGGUUUCAUAUCGUUUCUUUCCUGAGACACUUUGGGGUGAAAGGUUUAAUCUAGAAUGCAUAUCUUCUCCAUAAUCUCUGUUCUAUGUGCUAGGAUGAGCAGUGGCAUGGAGACCAGUCUUUCUCAGUCCAUUCCUUUUUAGCCCAGCGCCAACACAUGUUAUUCAUGCUGCCCACCUCAGCAGCCUGCUAUAUCAUAUCAGCGUGGUUCUUUUUAGUGGGGUCCUUUUGCUUUGAGGACGACAAUCCAGAAGAGCUGUUGGAUCGCCGGCUAAACCGCACGGGCGGAAAGGCCAAGUCUCCAUGGAAACGGUCUCCGCAGUAACACCCCAGUUCAUUUGGGGAUUUUUAGUACCUAUGCUUUCUGUUCUCUGCCUAGAAUGAGAUGAUGGAUAAGGAUUCAACAGUGAUGUCAUAAGUGUCAAGAUUCUUACAGUAUAAAUUAAUCCAAAUGAAAUGGGAUGGAAGUGAAAAUCUAAUCGAGGUUUAUUGGUUGCGUACACAGUUUAGCAGAUGUUAUAGUGGGUGCGGUGAAAUGUUACUAGCACUUCUGCAGUUUCUACAUCUGACCUAAAGAAAAGGGUAUUUUCUGAGCAGAAAUCCAAGUCAACGAACAGUUUGAAAAGGGAGGGGUUGAUUUGUGUUUAGGCAAUUAGUCUGGUUAGGGAUUGUUAUCCACACAGAAUCCUGUGUGUGCUGUGAGGGUGACGUUACAUACGGCUACCUUCUUAAUUGAAGUAACUCACCUGCAUAUGUACUGAAUGGUUUGCUGUAAGUGAGUGAUUGGUCGAUAUAUACUGGGAAUUGUGAAUGAAUGUGAAGUAGGAUACACAUGUGUGCAUAUUGAAAUGUCAGCACAAUCAUAAUUCAUUUAGUUAGUUUGCCCGGUGUCUGGUAACUUUAGCCCUGUGUGUUCCUGUUUUGUAAUUCCCCCUCUGACUUCAUCAAUGUGUUCCCUUCAUCAUGUUACUGACCUGACCAAGAUGGGACACCACAAACGAUUGUGAUCCUGUUGAAAUGUGGUGAAUUUAGUAAUUCAUUAUUUUAUUCCAUGCAUCAAACCAGGCUGCUUUCAACAAAGCAAGCAGUCCAUGCAUUUUAAGUUAAUCGUUGGACAUAUCAAAUGUACUAUCAAAUGCAGUUUUUUUUAUAUAUAUAUAUAUGAGUUGAGCACUUUUUCAUUAAAGGGGACCUGUCCUAAAUUGUUGAUAAAUAAAUCUAUUUAAAAUGGGAGAGCUCUUAAAGGGGCCCUUGGAUUGUUGUGCUCUUGUGAUGAUGAAUGAGAGGCCUUAGAGGAGUGCUGUGUGCAGUAAUAAUCCUUGGCGGUGGAACUAAGUCUGGGGCUGCAUCUCAAUAGUCAAAAGUAGUCUCCUUUCCUCGUCCCCUUUGCGUAUCUUCUUCCCUUCAUCUGCACUGAUCUGAAAUCCCAGGAUAGGUGAAAGCCCUAUGGGCCAAAUGGAACAGGAGUGUCAUCUCACCUAUCCACCUGUUGCAGACUAGUGCAGGUGAAAGAAGGAGAUGAGAAAAGGACGCCAUUGUAGACUUUUGAGACCAACCCCGUUGUGUGAAUCCUCACUGAAUGCUGUUUGCAGACUGGGGGAUGUAGGUUUUGUUAGUUAACUGAACACAUGCUAAUUUAUAUUCACAGAUCUUUGUUGGAUUAAAAUGCUGUCACUGAGCUGGCACAAUGAUAAUGUCAUGGGCUAGUGUAUAACAAAAAGGUGGGCCUUCUGGGUUGUAAACCUCUCUAUUGGACACAAGUGAUUGAGGUCUGUCCUGAUUGGGCCAUGACCUCUCUGCAGCUACCUUUCGUGAAAGAUGGACAUCAAUGUUCAUGUGAUUGUAACUAUGACGACGGAAGCCUUUUUGAGGGCGAGAACUGGAUUGCAUUUCCUGUCGUUGUGACUCGUGCGUUUGGACACGAGGACAAAAAACAAAAGCCUAUUCUUCUACAAGAGUUCUGAUCCUUUGUAUACUACUGCUGUCAUAUGUGUCGUGUGGCCUCUAUGAACUAUGUAUUGUGUGGUGUUGUCUGAGGUGGUUCAAUGAAAAUCUGUACAUAUAUAUGAAAAUACACAAUCUAAUAUUCUC